GUCUAUGAUCCCGGCUUUGUACCCAAGAUGAACGGCAUUGCAGAGCAAAAGAUUGUCAUCGAUGAGCUGAUCAGCCUUUGGAAGUAUGAUGAGGCCAACUUCUGCGUCCAGUGCAUGAUUCGGACGCCUCUGAGAAGCAAGCACUGCCGGAGAUGCCAGCGCUGCGUUGCACGGCAUGACCAUCACUGCCCAUGGGUGUACAACUGCGUCGGUGUCAACAAUCACAGACAUUUCUUCCUCUACCUCAUCAACCUUACACUGGGGAUCUUGAGCCUGGAUCUUGUCGUAUACAACUACUAUACCGCCAUCAUUCCCACUGCAUCCAAGGAAUGCAGCAUAUUUGGGCCUGGUAUCUGUCAGAUCGUCAACGCUGACACCUUCACCCUGCUCGUCACUAUAUGGGCGAACCUGCAGCUGACCUGGGUCGGCAUGCUGCUUUUUGUACAGUUCGUCCAGGUCGCAAAAGCCAUGACGACGUACGAGAACAUGUUUGGUGUGAACGCGGCCGCUACAAGCUCUCUCACCUCCGCUUUCACCUCGACCGGCGCGCCUCUGGACUCUGGAAGCCUGCCCCCGUCCGGAUCGUCAGCCGAACCAGAUGCCAGCGCUGCACAUGGAGGGCAUGGCCACAAGCAUGGCGGCGGCGGCGGCGGCUUGCUCAAGUUGAUGACCAAGCUGCUUGGUGUCGACGCAUUUGUGGAGACGGCGACGGGUCGUGGCGCUGCCGCAGGCGGCAACACCAGGAGAAAGAAGGCGAAGAACCCCUACAGCAAAGGGUGUAUUACGAACUGCAAGGAUUUCUGGUGCGACUCUGCGCCCAUGUUCAAGCAGCGGGAGAACGGCACCGCGAUGCUCGACGGCCAUGUGGUCAACUAUACCGAGAUGUACGAGACCCCGAGUCUCAUGCAGAUGACCGGUCGGGGCAGUGACCGGAGGGGUGCAUACGAGGCUGUUGCUGGCGAGGAGGUGUAAUCUCUCCCUGCCGUCUCAGUGCAUAUGAUGUAUGUAUAUAUAUGUGUAUGUAUGUAUGCAGACGUUGGCCCAAUCGGCAUCGGCCUUUUGGGUUCUCCAAUAAGGACGACAGUGGACGGCGGGGCCUUCAUUGCUGGAGGAG